AUGGCUCCUAGGAGAUCAAUUAGACUCCAUGGUGAGAAUAUCGAGGACAAAAAUGAUGAUGAUAACCAGAAUCCUCCGCCUACUCCUCAAGGAUGGGAGAAAAUGCUUGCUGAUAUGCAAGCCAAGCUUCAUAGACAAGAGGAAGAGAUUAGGCAGCUGAGGCAACAUAUUCCACCAGGGAAUGAUACUCCAUAUGUGACACCUGCAAUGGUACCCUUGCUCGUGCAUCCUAAGGUAGAGAACCAGUUGGAACAACUAUACGAGAGAUUCCAGAAGUUGGCCAAGUUUGCUCCUUACAUUGUGCCAACUGAUGUUACCAAGAGGAAAAGAACAAUUAUAGAUGCUGUGACGGGAGGAGCUUUUAUGAGUAAGAGUGCUAAUGAGGCGUAUGAGCUAUUAGAAGAGAUGGCAAUGAAUAAUUAUCAAUGGCCAACUGAAAGGGGACAACCAAAGAAGAUGGCUGGAAUGAUGGAAUUGGAUGCCAUAUCAAUGCUUACAGCUCAAGUAGCAGCCUUGACAAAGCAACUACAAAAGACUACACUCCCAUCUCAAGCUAUGCAAAUUCAAAAUCUAUGUGAAUUGUGUGGGCCAAAGAAGAAUCAGUCAGAAGAAGAAGGUCAGAAGGGAAAUACACAAGGCAUAGACAAAGAGAAAUCUAAUGAUGAAAAGGCUACUGAAGACCUUAGGAAGGAAGAGGAGGUACUACCUGUGAGUAUUGAGCAUCAUGUUAGAAUUCCAUAUCCACAAAGGCUGCACAAGCAUAAUUUGGAUAAGCAGUUUGCAAAGUUUUUAGAGGUGUUCAAGAAACUUCAUAUAAGUAUAUCAUUUGCAGAAGCAUUAGAACAGAUGCCAUGCUAUGUGAAGUUUAUGAAGGAGAUUUUGUCUAAUAAGAGAAAGAUCGGUGAUUAUGAAACAGUAGCGUUAACGGAAGAGUGUAGUGCGAUUUUGCAAAGGAAACUUCCUCAAAAGCUACGAGACACUAGUAGUUUUACUAUUCCAUGCACGAUUGGGGAGUUUGAAUGUAAGCAUGCACUUUGCGAUUUGGGGGCAAGUAUUAAUUUAAUGCCUUUGUCAGUAUUUCGUAGACUUGGUUUGGGUGAAGCUAGGCCAACCACAGUAACAUUGCAGCUGGCAGAUAGAUCUGUGAAGCAUCCAUGUGUUCUUGAUAUGGAAGAAGGUGAGAAUGCUCCUAUUAUCUUGGGGAGGCCAUUUUUAGCAACUGGGCAGGCAUUAAUAGAUGUGCAAAAAGGAGAUUUAAGGCUAAGAGUUCAAGGGGAAGAAGUAGUAUUUAAUGUGUUCAAGGCUAUGACUUAUCCUAAAGCAAGUGAGAAUUGUUUCUCAGUUGAUGUGGUAGAAGAAGUAGUACGAAGAAAAAAAUUAAUUGAGGAUCCUCUUGAAUUAAGCCUUACAGUUAAUGAUGUUGAUGAUGAGGACAAUGAAGAGGCUUUGAGUUAUUUGAAGUGGAUAAAAUCAAAUGAGUCGUGGAAGCAUAAAAAGUUUGAAGAAUUGGGCGAAGGACCAGAAAUACCAUUACCAUCUAUUUUGAAGCCACUUGUGUUAGAACUGAAGGUUUUACCAGAACAUCUCCGAAAUGCUUAUCUUGGAGAAAAAGAGACUCUUCCAGUCAUAGUUUCACCAUUUCUUUCAGAAGUAGAGGAGGAGAAGUUGUUGAGGGUGUUAAGGGCUCAUAAAACUGCUAUAGGGUGGACUCUUGCCGGUAUAAGAGGAAUAAGCCCAUCGACAGUUAUGCAUAGAAUUCUUAUGGAAGAUGAUGCUAGACCGACUAUUGAUGCUCAACGAAGACUUAAUCUGACAAUGAAAGAAGUGGUGAGGAAAGAGAUUUUGAAAUGGUUAGAUGCUGGAAUGAUUUACCCUAUUUCUAAUAGUGCUUGGGUAAGUCCAGUACAAGUAGUACCUAAAAAGGGUGGUAUGACUGUGGUGAUGAAUGAAAGUAAUGAACUGAUUCCAACAAGGACUGUGACGGGUUGGAGGAUAUGUAUAGAUUAUCGGAAAAGGAUGCCAUUCGGGUUAUGUAAUGCACUAGCCACAUUUCAACGGUGUAUGAUGGCGAUAUUCUCUGGCAUGGUUGAGAAGGGGAUUGAGAUUUUUAUGGAUGAUUUUUCAGUUUAUGGGUCUUCUUUUGACAAGUGUUUAACUAAUUUGGAGAUGGUUUUAAGGAGAUGUGAAGAGUCGCAUUUAGUACUUAAUUGGGAAAAGUGUCACUUUAUGGUAAAUGAAGGAAUUGUAUUGGGGCACAAGAUUUCUAAGAAAGGCAUUGAAGUGGAUAGGGCCAAGAUUUCUACGAUAGAGAAUUUGCCACCUACAGUUUCAGUUAAAGGAGUAAGGAGUUUCUUGGGCCAUGCGGGAUUUUAUAGGAGGUUUAUCAAGGAUUUCUCCAAGGCACCUAUAGUUGUAGCACCUAAAUGGGAUUUGCCAUUUGAAUUGAUAUGUGACGCCAGUGAUUUUACGGUUAGGGCAGUGUUGGGACAAAGAGUUGACAAGUUGUUUGAAGUAAGUGUUUAUAAAAAUGUUCCAUGGUUUGCAGACUAUGUAAAUUUUUUGGCUGCAAAGGUUAUACCUCCUGAGAUGACAAGGCAACAAUUGAAGAAAUUCUAUUCGAAGGUGAAGCACUAUUACUGGGAGGAGCCUAUUCUGUAUAAAAAUUUCCCUGAUCAAGUUAUUAGAAGAUGUGUGCUCGAAGAGGAGAUGUUGACAAUCUUGACUCACUGUCAUACUUUGCAUUGCGGCGGUCAUUUUGGAGGAACAAGAACAACAUCAAAAGUUUUGCAAAGUGGGUUUUACUGGCCUACAUUAUUUAAAGAUGCUAAUGUUUUUGUCAAAAUGGAUUAUGUUUCUAAAUGGGUAGAAGCUACAGAAACUCUGACUUGUGAUGGGAAAGAGUGGUUCACUGCUCUUUGUGCUCGCUAUGGGGUUCAUCAUCGAAAGGCGUUAUUUUAUCAUCCAAUAGCAAAUGGCCAAUCUGAAGUGUCGAAAAGGGAAAUUAAAGGUAUCUUAGAAAAGACAGUAAAUACGUCAAGGAAGGUAUGCCAUUUACCGGUGGAACUGGAGCAUAGAGCUUAUUGGGCUGUGAAAAAGUUAAAUCUUGAUCUCUUUAUGGUGGGACAAAAUAUGCUUAUGGAGUUAAAUGAGCUGGAAGAAUUCUGA